CUCCCUCAUGUCAUCGCUUUCAAGUAUAACUGAGUUAAGAAGAUACCUAAAAAUAUCAUUUCCUUUCUAUUCUGAAUUCAAAGUGUUUGAUAAAAUUCUCCAAAGAGAGAGAGAGAGAGAGUGAUGGAAGAAGGAAGUGGAAUGCAUAGCAGUAGCAGUGAUGGCACCGGAUCAAUUCGUAGAGUGCUUCUCAUCUCAGCUGGAGCUGGUCACUCUGUUGCUCUCCUCUCUGGGAAUGUUGUUUGCUCAUGGGGAAGGGGAGAGGAUGGACAGUUAGGCCAUGGGGAUGCUGAUGAUAGAUUUACUCCUACUCAAUUGGGUGCAUUGGAUGGCCGUGAAAUAGUAUCUGUCACUUGUGGAGCUGACCAUACAACUGCAUUCUCAGAGUCACAAUCGCAAGUGUAUAGCUGGGGAUGGGGUGAUUUUGGAAGGUUGGGUCAUGGAAACUCCAGCGACUUGUUUUCUCCUCAACCAAUCCAAUCAUUACAAGGUCUACAUAUAAAGCAAAUUGCUUGUGGGGACAGCCAUUGUUUGGCAGUGACAAUGAAAGGAGAGGUGCUGAGUUGGGGCCGGAACCAAAAUGGCCAACUUGGGCUUGGAACAACAGAGGAUUCUCUAUUGCCUCAGAAAAUAGAAGGUUUUCAGGGAAUAUCUGUCAAAAUGAUUACUGCUGGAGCUGAACAUACAGCUGCUGUAACAGAAGAUGGUGAGCUUUACGGUUGGGGCUGGGGUCGAUACGGUAAUCUCGGCUUGGGUGAUAGGAUUGACCGCUUAAUCCCUGAGAAAGUUUCAUCUGUUGAGCAUGAAAAGAUAAUUCUGGUGGCCUGUGGAUGGCGGCAUACAAUAUCUGUCUCGUCCUCGGGCAGUGUGUAUACUUACGGAUGGAGCAAAUACGGUCAACUAGGACAUGGGGACUUUGAAGACCACCUAAUCCCUCAUAAGCUGGAAGCCUUGCACGAACAUUGUAUCUGUCAGAUAUCAGGUGGUUGGAGACACACAAUGGCAUUGACAACUGAUGGAGAGCUUUAUGGUUGGGGCUGGAAUAAGUUUGGACAACUUGGUGUUGGAGACAACUCUGAUCAUUGCUCACCAAUACCAGUCAAAUUUCCAGACGAUCAGAAAGUAGUUCAUGUCUCAUGUGGCUGGAGGCAUACACUUGCCGUCACUGACAGACAUAAUGUAUUUUCCUGGGGAAGGGGUACAAAUGGCCAGCUUGGCCACGGGGAUUCUUUAGACCGAAAUGUCCCAAAGAUUAUAGACGCAUUAAACAUGGAUGGAUCAAGUGGACAGCAGAUAGAGGCCUCAAAAGUUGACAUUUCAUCAGAAAAAAUUACGGUCUUACCAACUGAGAGAUAUGCAGUUGUUCCUAAAGAGAAUUCUGCACUUUUACUUGGCAGAGAUGGAAAUGACUCAUCUGUACCUGAGAACGAUGUGAAAAGGAUGCGAAUAUGAGAUAACCGACUUCAUUAUGUAAACUGUCAAAUUGUUGCUUCAAACUUUCUCUGUUGGUCAGUAACGGCAGUAUUAUUCUCACCAUUGUAAGUUAAUUUCAUUACUAUUUGGAUUAAGGUUAUAUUUGGAACUAUUUGGUUUUAAAAAAUGAUUUCCUUGAUGCACUGAUUAA